AUGGCGAGCGACGAAUUGUCUCCUUUGGUCGCACCAGCGGACCAUACUGUCAGGAUCAAUGAUCGUAGCAAGAAGGCGAUUAUUCUGAAGUUGACACUCGGUGGAGCGUUGCUAGUGCUGGCGCUGUGGCUAAUUCAAGAUCACGGGCGUUCGGCUUCAGCCCCGAAGGGAUCUUAUAUCUGCGGUGUAACCAACAGCUCAGCGGGUCAUAUCAAGCUAGCGAACAAGGAGGAUGACCACUAUUUCUACUGGUUCUUCGAGUCGCGCACCAACCCCGAGACGGAUCCGCUGGUCUUGUGGCUCACAGGCGGUCCCGGUUCCUCCAGUAUGUUUGCACUCUUGACUGAGAACGGCCCGUGCACCAUACAACCCGACCUGAGUACCAAAUUAAAUCCGUACGCUUGGAAUACCAACGCCAACGUCAUUUGGCUUGACCAACCAACAGGUGUGGGUUAUUCCUUCGGUUCUCCUGCAGACAAAGAUUUUAAUGAAACCAAUGUGGGUGAAAAUAUUUACUGGUUUUUGCGAGGAUUUCUGGAAAAACACCCACAAUUUCAGAACCGCGAGUUCUUCGUGACGGGUGAAAGCUAUGGCGGUCACUAUGUCCCAGCUGCAGCGCACUACAUUUGGUCGUUGAACAAGGAAGUCAAGGGGAACGACGAGGUUCCGCUUAUCAAUUUACAAGGCUUGGCAAUCGGCAAUGGCCUCACCAACCCGGUAAUUCAAUACGCCUACUACCAAGACAUGAACCACAACCGUUAUAACCUCACGCUCCUUACAGACGCCGAGGAGCAGCAGAUGAGGGCCGACAGUGUGGAGUGUAUUCGCUUGACCCAAGAGUGUCAAGCAGCACCACGCAACGGGAGUGUUUGCAAGGAAGCACCAGAAUGUUGGUCUGAAAAGCUAAUUGCUCCUUUCAGCAAGGCAAACCGCGAUAACUACGACAUUCGCCAGUCAUGCAACAACAGCGACCCCAACUCCGCUUGCGAUGAUCAUCCUCUCAUUAGAGAGUACUUGAAUUCGCCCGAAGUGCGCAAAUAUUUGAACGUGGAUGAACGUGCUCCUGCCUGGCACGAAGAUAACGACGAAGUGGAGACGACAUUCACCACUGACGGCGACUGGUCCAUGCCAUUCCACCAAUUCGUCGCGGAGAUGCUGGACGACGGUCUUCGCGUGCUUAUUUACGCCGGAGACGCUGAUCUCAUGUGUAACUGGAUCGGCAAUCGAGCCUGGACGUUGGAACUCGAUUGGCAAGGCAAAGACGGCUACAACGCAGUCAAAGAGAAAGUAUUCAUCGCUCACGACCCGUUGUUACCCGAUGGUAGCAACAUUGACGCUGGUGUGGUUCGCUCGUUCGAGAACUUCGCGUUUGUUCGAGUGUACGAUGCUGGACACAUGGUGCCAAUGAACCAGCCUGCAGUCUCGCUAGACCUCAUCAACAGGUUCUUCACGAACAAAACGCUGUAG